CAAAUGAUGCCUCACCCUUUCCGCUGUGCCGUGAGAAGGGUGGACUAAUCUUGCGAAAGCAGUGCCGAAAGGAUUGCCGUCAUCGAGGAAACGUCGCUCACGCUAUCUCCUGAUUCCUCGGUGUCGUCUUGUGUCGAUUGUUGAAUCUCGUGGUCUAGCCUGUGAAGUGUCGAUUCGCGCUGCAGAGAGAAAGAGAGAGGGAGAGAGAAUACACGACGAUUUGGUGCACGAAGAGAUGCGCGACGCGGACAAGAGGUCCGAUUUUGUCGCGGCGGAACUGCAGCUUCCUCGUGCGGCGGUGCAUCGUCGAUGCUGAAUCGCGUGCUUGGCACGUACGCGGUGGUGGUGGUUCUCGAGUGGACUCUUUCGCGCGGAUGACAGCUGGACGUUUUCGCCGCGGGGGUGACAGUGAGAUCCUCGAGCUCAUUGUCAGUUGAGCUGAGAAGAGACGAGUCUCUCGCGUCGCCGAGAGUUCGAGACACGCCGUCGGUGAUAUCCGACGAGGACUACUGCGCGAAUCGGGUGGUGAUCUGUAGUGAUGCCGUGAUGGGCUGCAGCUCGAGAUCGUUCUUCCUGACCACGCUCCUCCUCGUGGCUGGAUUACUGUCGAUCGCCCUGUUCGCCGAGAUAUCUUGCGCGACACGCUUAAGACAGCGACCUACGGAUUCUCCGAGAGGAGGUUCCGUGAACGAGGCUGGUGUUUUUGCGCUACGAGGCAGGCAAGAGGGUAGCCGGCGUUCCAGGCGAACUACCACCAGCACGACGAGCACAACGACGACGUCCGGCUCGACGUUGAUACCUCUGCCUGACGAAGUAGUGCAACCCGCGGCCCUUUUGGCCCCCGAAGAGGAGUCAUGGUCUACCAGUUCUUCCACCACGACCAACAUUGCUCUAUCUUCAGACAUGGCCGACACGUCGUCCAAUCCACCACUGGAACUUGUAGUGAAGCCUCAUAGUAAAGUCAUCUUACCCUGCGAACUGGAAGGAAAUUACUCGAGAUUAUUACUGCCAGGAGCAAGAAGUUACAGAAUACGACCGGCGACGUGGCUACACGAAGGUAGUCCGGUGGAUAUGAUCACGAUAGACACGAGAACGGAAAUGAGCGGAACCGGGCACCGGUACAUCGGCGACUCGACAACCGCAGCACUGCACAUAGACAACGUCAGAUUAGAGGACGAUGGUGUGUGGGGCUGCACGUUGGAAGACGACCGGGGGAAGAUUCUCUUCGGUAAACCGGUGAAGCUGGUCGUGCUCGAGGCACCUCGUGGGACGUAUCUGCUGAUAGAUGGCCGCCGGCUAGAUCCCGGAAACCAGUUUGUGCCGGUGAAGGAGGGCUCGGAGCUCACUCUCGAGUGCGCGGCCGAGGGUGGAAACCCACCGCCCAUCCUGGCGUGGGGCAUGACCUUGUCUCAAGCCACUUUAGACGGCCCGGAACAACCGCCAGACAACCUCACCGUGUUGCCCUCAACAUCCGGCAGACGCAGCGGGGCUCACCUAAAGGUCUUGAGGGGACAUCACAACGCCACUAUCGUUUGUGUCGCGCGCCACAUUACGCUGAUGAUACCAAUGAACGCCAGCAUUCUGCUCGACGUCCAAUAUACUCCAUCGUUCGCGAUAACGCGUUUACCUGGUUUUGGAAUUCCGAUCGUCGAGGGGAUGUCUGUCAGCCUGAAAUGCGAGGUAGACAGCAAUCCAGCCAGUACUCCAAUUUGGCAGCGCGACAAUGGACCGCCCCCCGUGGAGCAGAGCGAUGACGGAUGGUUGAACUUCACAAAAAUCACUCGGGCCGAGAGCGGCUGGUACAAGUGUUAUACGCGGCAUAUGCUCGGCAUUUUCACCAGCAUCGGAUAUUUUCUCAAUGUUCGCUAUGAUCCAGAUAUGGAGACCGAAGCGGAAGCACUGAACGGUGAAGCGACCGAUUCUCGACGGAUGGAGGUGCAAAUCGGCGGUGCUGUGACUCUCGAGUGUGACGGCGGUUGUUGGGGCCACGGACCUGGAAUGGAUCCAGUAGGCGGGCCCGGGCCCCUCGCUUUGAGCCGGGUUGUAUACCAAGAAGCUGGGGAGUAUCGGUGCGUCGCGCCGGAUCGGAAAAUGCAGGACACGUGGCGAGCUCAGUUACCCUAUCACAUCAAAGUUACCGGACCACCCAUGGUUCAUCCACCGAGUCAAACGGUGACGGCGAACGAGGGCGAAUCCCUGGACAUCAUCGUCGAGUUUUGUGCUCGGCCGAGUUACACGAAGGUUCUCUGGAUAUCGGAGAAGCAUGUGUAUACGCCGGACGCACCCUCCCGUGACGGGGUUCGAGCCCUCGCAAUCGAGGACGGCGGCACGGAAUCAUGUUACAGGACGACCCUGCGCUUCGAGACAAUUCAGUCGUCACACACGGGAGAAUGGUUGCUACUGGUUCGUUCGUCAGAAGGGAUCGCCGACGCUUCCGUUCUACUCAACGUGACACGCGCUUCCGGUUACAGCCAUGCCCACAUCCGAUCGGCGAGUAUUACGUACCUUCUACUCUGCCUGAUCCUGCAGGCAAUCUUGCGGGAAUACCGUCGCUGAGGCGAUCGUCCGAUGGAGAUUUAGGCGGAAGAAACUUUGACAAAAUUCCUAGCUAUAUGGAAAGCUCGUACGUCAGCUUCCCCAAUGACGAGAGAAAAAGGGAAGCUUCUCUGUACAUAAUAUCGAAAUUCUUUCCCCGAAAGAAUUUCCCCCGCGCGAUUCUCGCGUCAACGAGACGCACAAUUUGCCCGACGUGCCGCGACGCGACACUUGCGUGUCUCCGGCAUAGCACGAAUACAAUGAAACACUGGAUGGGAGUUCUGUCGACGCGCCUUCGGCGCGGAUUAUUACGGCCUUGGUGUUCCUCGGAUCUCGUAGCGGGUCCUCUUGUUCUGCUCCAGGACGCGAAUCUGGAUAACGCGUUUACGAAUGUACGAUCGCACGAAAGCGCACGGACCGUUGCCGUCGUUAUGUGAAUCUGAGGCAAGCUUGCGUCCGCUCGAACGAGUCCCCGUGCGAUCGAGAUACGAUUAAAAUUCGAUUUCUCUGGCCUUAUAUAUGAAAAUAGCGGAGGAGUGAAAGAGAGAGAGAGAGAGAGAGGAGAGGAAGAGAAAGGAAAGGAUGAGAUCGCGCGGGCGGUGGGAUACGUAUUUAUAUAGAGUGAAAAUUUGUAAACUACGAAUUCGCGUACACGCGCGUGCACCAGUCGCGCGAUACGCCAUACGACGUGUAUAUACUUGUAUAGGUAAUAAAUAAAUAAGCCGGUGUUUACGAAUUGUGGAACGAUGUUCCCGCGUGUAGGGAUCAGAACGAAAUGAAGACCAAUUCUUUUUUUUCUUUCUUUUUUGCCACUCGAAUUUCUCGCAAAUGAAAGAUACAAGAUAUAGCCGUCAAAUCGCGACCGAAUAAACUCUGAUAGAUGCCGACUUCGAACUGUAAUCUAUUAAUAUUGCAAAGUGAGCUCGCGACGCGCGAGUCCAACGAGCGAUACUGCCCGUAUUAAAUAACGAAAUAAUAAGAUUUGUGCCGGCAGGAUGGUGUGAUGCAAGAAACUAGAGAGCUAAUUUAAAAAGUUUAACUUUUAACGAGGGACAUACGAUUUUCUGCACGUCCAGGAAAGUGUAUGGGGCACGCCAACGGACGGGAAAAACUUAAUUGUGCAACGUCAAAUAUUCCCAAAGAUAGGGCGACUAAAAUAAAUUGUUGUAUAUUAUUUAGAGUAAGUAGAGUUUGAUAGUAUGUAUAUAGUGACUGUAAAUGCGUAGGCUAUCGUACGCCCGUACACGACGAAUUAUACAGUGACGCUGUUAGAGAUAUAUUUAUUAUUCGUUGAUAUAUUUUUAUAAAGUUUUAUUUAGCCAUAAGUUCUCGUUCGCCUUCCCCCCCUGAAUCUCGUUCGCACGAUCACAACGCUCAUUUCGUUGAGUGAGGCAGAGGAGCAAAGCGGCGACGGCGCUUUGUGCUAAGAACUUUUCAACGAGAACCUUACAAUAAAAUACACUGUGUCCUAUGAACGUCCUAAAUUGAAUUUAGCUGUAGCUAUUGUGAGAAACACGGACAUUGUUGUUUCUGCGAUACUUUGAUCUAUCUGAUUGGAAACGGAACGUAGCGCGGCAUAGCGACUCCGUUCCAAUCGAUAUUCCGCUUCUUUUGUUACCUUAAGGUAACUUUUUUUGUAAAUUCGGUGGUUCCUAAUUUUUGUAAAAAUAGAAUUUGUACUCGGCUUACCGACGACUAAUGCUAAUCCUUGUCGCCGGUACGUCUUAUCCGCGCGUGUGACCGCAGUCGGUACUAUCUAUAGAUACGAAAUAAACAUACCUGAUGUCUUCACGUUAAUUUAGUCGACUUCGACGAACCCGAGUUUUCUUUUCAGAUCGCUAAGGUGUUACAAGUAAGCAACGUGGUGUAAUCGUUGUACCCAAUGAUGCCUAA